AUGCCUCCUCUCAACACUUCUCAUCCCUCUCCUGUCACCUUCUCGCUGAUGGGCAUCCCAGGACUGGAGCACCUGCAUGUCUGGAUUGGGAUUCCCUUCUGCUCCAUGUAUGUGGUGGCGGUGGUGGGGAAUAUGACCAUUCUAGCUGUGGUGAGGGCAGAGCGAAGCCUCCACGAGCCUAUGUUCCUCUUUUUGUGCAUGCUCUCAGUCACUGACCUGGUCCUCUCCACGUCUACACUGCCUCGCAUGCUCUGUCUCUUCUGGCUUGGAGCCCAUGACAUUGCCUUUGAUGCCUGCCUGACCCAAAUGUUCUUCAUUCACAGCUUCACUACCAUGGAAUCAGGGUUUUUCCUGACCAUGGCCAUUGACCGCUAUGUGGCCAUUUGUUACCCACUGCGCCACACCACCAUACUGACCCACACUCGCGUCACUAUAAUGGGUAUUAUUGUGGUGAUUCGGGGAGUUGCCUUCUUUUCUCCACACCCCAUUCUGCUCAAACAGCUGCCUUACUGCAGAACACGAAUCAUUGCCCACACCUACUGUGAGUUUAUGGCUGUGCUGAAGCUGGCGUGUGUGGACACAGGAGCCACCUCACGUUACAGCCUCAGUGUGGCUUCUAUCAUUGGCUCAUGUGAUGCAAUUCUUACUGCUAUAUCCUAUGUUUUCAUCCUCCGGUCUGUAUUCCGCUUGCCAUCUCGAGAAGCUGGCUUUAAGGCUUUGGGCACAUGUGGAUCCCAUGUUUGUGUUAUUCUUGUCUUUUACUCCACAACUGGUUUUUCCAUUUUCACUCACCGUUUUGGGAAAAAUAUACCUGCACAUAUCCAUAUUUUUAUUGCAAAUAUGUAUCUUUUGGUACCCCCUUUUCUCAACCCCAUUGUGUAUGGAGUAAGGACCAAGAAAAUACGGGAGCAUGUUAUUAAGGCUCUAAGUGUAAAAGUUGCUUGA